UGAAAGAAGUCUGAGCCAACGACUUCCAGAAGCACCUGUACAAAACUGGUUCAAAUUAAAGCAAAUCGAAUCUAGUUCCCCAUUUCCUCCACCUCAUCCAAAAAAGUGAGACGACCCCCUUUCCCCCUGCUUCCAUAAAGUACGCCGGGGAAAAGGCUCUGAAUUAUAGGUUGGAGAAGAUGGCGGAGAUCGAACCGCUGCUGCAACGCUUUGGGGACGAGCACAAACCUCCUGAAAGUGAGGAGCAAGCAAAUAGUAGCAACACUAUUGCUAAAAGAAAAGCUGCUCGCGUCGCUUCGCUCGAUGUUUUUCGAGGCCUUUGUGUUUUUCUGAUGAUGCUUGUAGAUUACGCUGGCUCGAUUUUCCCAAUUAUUGCUCAUGCCCCUUGGAAUGGUAUUCACUUGGCAGACUUCGUCAUGCCGUUUUUUCUUUUUGUUGCUGGGGUUUCUGUGGCUAUUGUAUACAAGAAAAAUUCAGACAGAGUCGAGGCUACAUGGAAGGCUCUCUUUAGAGCAUUGGAACUAUUCAUCCUUGGUGUUUUUCUUCAGGGUGGAUAUUUCCAUGGUGUUACUUCUUUGACAUAUGGAGUGGACAUUGAAAGGAUGAGAUUGCUUGGCAUCUUACAGAGGAUAGCAAUUGGAUACAUCGUAGCAGCAUUGUGUGAAAUAUGGCUUCCAUGUCAAAGGUGGAGAGGGGUUGGUUUCCUCAGAAAUUAUAAUUGGCAAUGGUGUGUUGCAUUACUGCUAGCUGUCAUAUAUUUAGGGUUCUCAUAUGGGUUGUAUGUUCCGGACUGGCAAUAUGUGGUACAAGCCGAUUCCUCCAUGCUGACAGUAAAUAACAGCCGUGUUUAUAUGGUGAAGUGCUCAGUACGAGGUGAUCUCAGUCCUGCUUGUAAUGCUGCUGGAAUGGUAGACCGCUAUAUUCUUGGAGUUGAUCAUCUAUAUGCAAAACCUGUUUACAGGAAUCUGAAGGAAUGCAAUUUAUCCAGCCACGGCCAAGUCCCACAAACUUCGCCAUCAUGGUGUCAUGCUCCUUUUGAUCCUGAAGGUGUUCUGAGUUCACUCACAGCUGCUGUGACCUGCAUUAUCGGACUCCAGUACGGCCACAUUCUAACACAAUUGCAGCAACACAAAGAGCGGCUGUGGAACUGGUCCAUUUUCUCAUUUUCCCUAAUGGGCCUUGGUUUAUUUCUUGUUUUUUUAGGGAUACCACUUAACAAAUCUUUGUAUACGAUCAGUUAUUUGAUGGUUACCUCAGCAUCUGCUGGAAUCACCUUUUGCAUACUGUACACGCUAGUUGAUGCUUAUGGUUGGAGAUGCUUGACUUGUGUGUGGGAGUGGAUGGGGAAGCAUUCACUUAGUAUCUUUAUUCUCAUAACUUCAAACAUAAUCGUGAUAAUCGCUCAAGGAUUUUACUUGAGAGCUCCUGAGAACAACAUUGAAGUGACCGAAGAGGGUGUGCAGCACCGUAAGGACUACGUGGACCCGCCGCCGGCGCCCCUGUUUGACGCCGGUGAGCUGAAGCUUUGGUCCUUCUACAGAGCCCUUAUCGCUGAGUUCAUCGCCACCCUCCUCUUCCUAUACGUCACCGUCGCCACCGUUAUCGGCCACAAGAAGCUCAACGCCGCCGACCAAUGCGACGGCGUUGGCCUCCUCGGCAUUGCAUGGGCAUUCGGCGGCAUGAUUUUUAUCCUCGUUUACUGCACCGCCGGCAUCUCAGGUGGACACAUCAACCCGGCAGUGACAUUCGGGUUGUUUUUGGCGAGGAAGGUUUCGCUGAUUAGGGCUGUAGCAUACAUGGUAGCACAGUCUCUGGGUGCUAUCUGUGGCGUUGGGUUGGUGAAAGCCUUCAUGAAGAGCUACUACAAUUCACUCGGCGGAGGCGCUAAUUCUGUAGCCCCAGGGUACAACAAGGGCACUGCGCUGGGUGCUGAGAUCAUUGGUACCUUUGUGCUUGUUUACACUGUAUUCUCCGCCACAGACCCCAAGAGAAGCGCACGGGACUCUCACGUCCCUGUGUUGGCUCCACUUCCCAUUGGAUUUGCAGUUUUCAUGGUUCAUCUGGCGACCAUCCCAAUCACCGGAACCGGCAUCAACCCUGCUAGGAGCUUUGGAGCUGCUGUCAUCUACAACAACGAAAAUGUUUGGGAUGACCAUUGGAUUUUCUGGGUCGGACCAUUCGUGGGAGCAUUGGCAGCGGCGGUGUACCAUCAGUAUAUCUUGAGGGCUGCAGCCAUUAAGGCUUUGGGAUCAUUCAGGAGCAACCCCACCAACUAAGACGUCUCAUCAACUCAACUCCUGCAGCAGCAAGGACUCAGAAAUUGAAUUCAUCUGUCAUUAUUAUUGUUAAUCUUUGUAAUUUGACUUAAUUAUUUUGUGUGUAAUGAGAUCAGGAGAAUGUCAAUUAUGAACCCUUUCUUUCUUUAAUUUACUGGGUUGUUUUUUUUUUUUCAUAUAGCUUUUUUGUUCAAUGUUUUUGUAAUUGUUGUUAGCUUUUUUGGCUGUGUAUUUAUUUUGGCGGAAGGAGUGGUGUGGUGGUGUUUCCUUUAAUUUAUAUGGAUUGGGGGGAAAAU